UGCACUACUUUCUCUUUCAGCUAUGCUGCAUGCUGUGAUUUUCUCCAGCAUAACAAUCUUUUGUCCAUUAUUCGCGCCCAUGAGGCUCAGGAUGCGGGGUAUCGAAUGUACCGAAAAUCGCAAGCGACGGGAUUUCCUUCACUCAUUACUAUAUUUAGUGCUCCAAAUUAUCUCGAUGUAUAUAACAACAAAGAUAUUACGCGAGCUCAUUAUGUCACUAGUCGCGUCACGGCCAUCCUGAAGUAUGAGAACAAUGUGAUGAAUAUUCGGCAGUUCAACUGUAGUCCACAUCCGUAUUGGCUGCCGAACUUCAUGGAUGUUUUCACAUGGUCAUUACCAUUUGUUGGUGAAAAAGUGAUGUAUGGUACCAUUUGCAGUUACGGAGAUGCUCGUGCAUAUUUUGAAUAUAUGUUCGGACGACGAGUUGAUGGCCGAAGGAGACGAUACGUUUGAAG